AUGUAUACCCACGGUGCUUUUCUACUAGCUAGCUUGCUUGCGGCUCUGCCACAUAGCUAUGCGAUCCCAGCGCCACAAAUCGGAGACUAUGGAGAAAACAAAGGCCCCGUUGGCGGUGUCAAUCCGCCUAUUCCGUCCGUGACUGCCCCCACGGGAAACCUCAGAGGAGAUUCUAGCCUGCUCGGAGGCAAUGCAGCUCGGCCGAACCCCGAGACUGGCGGCUCUGCCAUCGUUGAUGACGUAAAGCUCGUGCCUGGCCAGAAAGCAGACGGAAAGCUCGGCCUGUACCUCAACUUUGAUGGUGUCGACGUCCCGCAGCCGAUCCGCGGCGGAUUAGGAUCCCCGGAUCCAGGGCCCAGAACCUAUGCCUACGAGAAGCUUAACCCCGAUCUCUUUGCCCCGCCGGGUACCGACAAAGGCGAUGUUGAGAACGCCAUGUGGCCGUUGGGCCUCUCGCAUAACCGCCUCGGCAGCCAAGAAGGCGCCGGCUGGGCGCGGCAGCAGAACACCAAAGUUCUUCCCGUUGCUUCUGCGAUGGCGGGGGUUGAUAUGAAGUUGCAGCCUAACGCGUAUCGCGAGCUUCAUUGGCACACCUCGGCUGAGUGGGCACUUAUGCUGAAGGGAUGCUGUCGCGUCGCCGCGAUGAAUGAGGAUGGAAAGACUUUCAUCGAUGAUAUUUGCGAGGGUGAUGUGUGGUUCUUCCCCAGGGGUGUUCCUCACAGCAUCCAGGCAUUCGACCAGGGCACGGAGUUCCUUCUUGUCUUCGAUCAGGGAACCUUUAGCGAGGAGAAUACCUUCCUUGCUUCUGAGUUAUUCUUGAGAAAUCCCUUGUCCGUACUUUCCAAGAACCUCAAGACGGACGUGUCUGCAUUCGACAAAAUCCCCAAAGAUCAACUUUAUAUCUUCAACGGAACACCUGCACCAAAAGACAUUGAGAAGCAGAACCAGACCUCUUCGGCCGGAUCGCUCACCGGUGCUGAUUCAUACACCUACCACUGGUCCCAACAGAAACCCUUCCAAGUCCCCGGCGGAUCCGUCAAGAUCCUCGACCCGCAAACGUUUCCCAUUGCGGAGAACUUUUCAGCCGCCCUGGUUGUCGUCCAGCCCGGCGCCAUGCGCGAAAUUCACUGGCACACCACCAGCGACGAGUGGAACUACUUCCUCCAGGGUUCCGGCCGUAUCACAAUCUUCGAAGCUCCCGAGGCCUCGCGCACAUUUGACUUCACCGCAGGCGACGUUGGCUACGUCAAGGUGGGCGACAGCCACUACAUUGAAAACACCGGUACCGAGGACGUCAUUUUCCUUGAGGUCCUCCAAGCGCCCAAGUUCUCGGAUAUCAGCGUUGCGCAGUGGCUAGCACUCACCCCGAAGCAGGUUGUCAAAGACACUCUCGGUCUCUCUGACGAAGUCAUUGCUGCUCUUCCCAAGGAGAAGGAGUAUAUCAAGGUUGGCAACAUCAACAUGACCGCAUUGGCGGAUGGUGGACGUAACUUUAAGAAGUUCAAGGCUUAA